AUCAGCAGACACCAGUUCGUGGGGACUCAGGUCCUCAAGGUGUUUGCCCCUAAAGAUGACGAGCAUGCAGGUGUAGCUCUCUCAGGUCUGAUCCGCGCUCUGGAUGACCUGAAGAUGGUGGCUGUGGUGAGGUAUGUUUACGCCCGCAAUGGAAACCCUCAAGUAGGAGCUGCCUUCCCCUGUAUUAAGGAGAAGUCUGAGUGUCUGGUCUACGUUCAGCUUCCCUUCAUGGAAGAUCUGAGGCAGUACAGCUUCCCUUCUCUGGAGAACAACAAGAAGUACACUCCCUCAGAGGACCAGCUGUCAGCGGUGGACUCUCUCAUUGACUCCAUGAUGUUGGUGGAGGAGGAUGAGGAUGGAGAGACGAAGGACCUGUUCAAAGUCAACCACAUCCCCAACCCCCAGUACCAGAGACUGUUCCAGUGCCUGCACCAUCGGGCGGUGAACCCCGGUGCUCCGCUCCCCCCCGUGGACCCCUGGUUGACUGCAGCUCUCCAGCGCCCCCUGGCGGUGGCCAGCCGCUGUCAAGCCCCCCUGGAGGCGAUGAAGAAGAAGUUCCCUCUGAAGGAGGUGGUGAAGAAGAAGGAACUGAAGACCAGCAAGGAGCUGUUUGGGAACGGCACUGAGGAGCCUGAUGCCAAAGUUGACGAGGAGGACGACUUUAACCUGGCUGACAUCACAGAGGGAAGCAUCACACAGGUGGGCAGUGUAGAUCCAGCACGGGAUUUCCGCACUCUGAUUCGCCAGAAGAGUCUUCCGUUUGGAGAGGUGUGUCAACAGCUGACUGGCAGGAUAGAGCAGUUGCUUGGCAACAAGAACAUGAACUACUACAUCAAGUGCAUUCCCUGUAUCCAGACCUUCAGAGAGCAGUCUGUCCAGGUUGGGAAUGCUGAUCACUACAACAGCUACAUCCAGUCUCUGAAGACGAGUAUUCCCGUUAGAGGCCUUCAGGAAUUCUGGGAUAUGCUAGUCCAAGAUGCCCUGACUCUGAUCAACAAGGACGAAGUUGACGGGAGCCGGUUCUCCAGUCAUGAUGCCAAGCAGUUCCUGACUGCAGAGGAGAAGAAAGAGGAGGUCGUAGCAGCUGUGGUGGACGAUACGGGAGAUGUGGACGACCUGCUGGACAUGAUGUGAGGUCGAAGACGACGGGGUGGAGGAUGAAGGAAACGUGACCAAACGGAUUUCAACUGUCCAUCUGCCACCUGGACACCAUUUAUCUGACUGUGUGGAAGUAGAUAACUGGCUUCAUUGUCAAAAUGACCUAAUGUAUCCCUUUAACCUGUACAUUACAGUAGCACCCUCUCUGUCUAGAUAGUCUACAUGUAGACUAUCACUAUACAAGUACUGAAACCAUUUCCUCAGUAGUGACUGGACAGCGGUUCAGGUGGUUUGUUGAUCGAGAUCGAUGCAUCACUGAAGAAAUGCCACAUUGGAGCAGUACGUCAAAAUAUAUCUCUGUAUGGUUUAAAUGAUUGGUCUGAAUUUACGUCUGAACUUGCGUCUGUACGUCUAUGUAGAAUUCUCUCAAGUUAAUAAAAUAAUAUUUUUGUAUUUUUCUCUAUAAGAUCUGAACCAGUGUUAUAAUUGACCCACUAUAACACUGGGACUCUACUGUCCCACUGGCUUUCUGAAGAGUACUUACAUUUCUUCAAUAAAUUCUUUAAACCAAAAUA